UUAACUGUUAGGUAUAUAAUUCAAAUAUCAUCAAUUUCAAAAAGUCAGUUAACCUUGUUAAAUUGUGUAUCAGAAUAUAGCAAAAAGGUAUUUUUGGAGCAUUGUAUUGGGAAACAAAUCAAAGAAUUGGAUAAAUUGAAUAGCAAAAUGGCUACAAAUAUGGAGGAUCCUACAUUAGAGAGGGAGUAUAAAGGACACAGAGACACUGUUACAAGCUGUGAUUUUAAUCCAAAUAUGAAACAAUUAGCAACUGGUUCAAUGGACACAUGUCUCAUGGUUUGGAAUUUUAAACCCAAAAUGAGAUCAUAUAGAUUUGUUGGUCACAAAGACGCAGUCCUUUCUGUACAGUUUUCACCAUCCGGACAUUUAGUUGCAUCUGCUUCAAGAGAUAAAACAGUACGACUCUGGAUUCCUAGUGUAAAAGGAGAGUCAACUGUAUUCAAAGCACACACAGCAACAGUUCGAAGUGUGCAUUUUUCAAGUGAUGGACUUUCUCUUUUAACAGCAUCUGAUGAUAAAACAAUAAAAAUGUGGACUGUCCAUCGACAAAAAUUUCAAUUUUCACUUAAUCAACAUAUGAACUGGGUUCGAUCUGCCAGAUUUUCUCCAGAUAACAGAUUGAUUGUAUCAGGAAGUGAUGAUAAAACAGUGAAAUUAUGGGACAGGAAUAGUAAAGAAUGUAUUCACACAUUUUUUGAACAUGGUGGAUUUGUGAAUCAAGUAGAAUUUCAUCCUAGCGGAACAUGUAUUGCUGCUGCAAGUACAGAUUCAACUGUUAAAGUGUGGGAUAUCAGAACGAAUAAAUUAUUACAACAUUAUCAAGUUCACAGCGGUGCAGUAAAUUCUAUAUCGUUCCAUCCAACUGGUAAUUAUCUUAUAUCUGCAUCAAACGAUUCAACAUUGAAAAUAUUAGAUCUUCUCGAAGGAAGACUUUUUUACACUUUACAUGGUCAUCAGGGUCCAGUAACAUCGACAGUAUUUUCAAGAAACGGGGAAUAUUUUGCGUCUGGAGGAUCUGAUGAACAGGUAAUUGUAUGGAAAACAAACUUUGAUCAAGCUGAUUUCGCGGAGAAAUUACAAGCCAAUCAGAAAAAGCAAACCAGACGAAUUCAGUCACAUACAGAUCCUGAUUCAACUGCAGUUCCUGUUCAUCGGCCGCAUUCAUCUACAGAAAGAAAUGGACCUUUUUCUCACAGCACUAAGCAAAAAACGAUAGAUUCUUCCACAGCAUUAAGGAAUACACAUCAAAAUAAUGACACAGAUGUGAUGGAUAUCGGUCCUGCAAUGUUCUCAGAACCAGUGCGGGGAAUGGAGGACUUUCAUGCGUCGCCUGCUGAUCGAUCCUUGAGAUCACAACAAGGAAGAAGACAAAAACAACAUCAAGAGAAUCAUCAACAACAAGAUGAACCAAAGUAUUCAUCGAGCAUUACAGCACCUCUCGAAGAACAAACGAUUCCUCCAAAAAUUACAGCGACAUUAGAACAAAUUGUCGGUCAAUUGGAUAUGUUAACACAGACAAUGACUAUACUGGAACAGAGAAUGACAAUGGCAGAAGAUAAAUUGAAAGAAUGUCUUGAUAAUCAACAAAAGAUUACAUUACAAGUUCGACCAUCUGACUAAAUGCAAAAUGCGGCGAAAUAAAACUUGCCUCCAGUCUGUGAACCUUCAUUGCAGUCAAAGAUUGGGGAGGGCAUCGUCAUAUAAAUAAAUACAUCUGUAAAUAAGAAAAUGUUAUAAGAAAUAUUAGGAGACUUUGUUAUGAUAAAAACUUUUUCUCCUUUUUUUGUUUAGCGCUCGUAAUUUCCGUAUUUGUUUAUCAAUUUUGAGACAUAGGUUUUCAUGUUACUGAGGCAUGGUUCAUGUGUAUGAAUGCAAUUCUCAUUGUUUUGAGUGUCUCUCCUUUAUAAAUGCUAUUUCAUCUUCAAGUAUCAGGACACAAAUGAGCUUGUCAGCAAUGUGGGCGUGGCUUGAAGAUUUCAGUCUAAUUUUCUUGACGGGAAGAAUGAAUUAAUGUAGUAUUCUUGGAAAUUUUGUUAUUAUUUAUUAAAGGUGACUGAGAAUUAUUUAUUUGUCAAAUUACUUCAUUUCUAAACUGAUAGAAAAACAGAUUUUCUAUCCCAAUUACACAAAAUAAUAAUGGAGUAAUAAAUACUGGGUAAAAAUAUGUAUACUUUGUGAUCGAUGCUCCAUUCUCUCCAGUUUAUCAUUAUGUUCUGUUAAGUAAAUGUUAAUGACUAAAUUGUAUUAUUUACAAUUGUACAUUUUUGUUUGUCUUCACGAAUGUUCCACCAUAUUUCUUUGAGUUGCUCAUAUAUAUUAUGACAAUUUUGCAUUAACUGAAAGUAGGGGUGGGGUGAUGGCAUUCACCUGAAAAUUACAAUUUUUUCAGUUUCAUGUUAAACUAUUACGCAAUAUUUGGAGGGGAAAUGUGCCACAUCCAACUUUUGUUCAAUAUUGUUUUGGUACAAUCACUUUGGAAAAUAUAAAUUCUCUCAAUAAAUACCAAUCCAUUUUAUUGUAACCCUUGCCGAACUUGAAAGAUUCUAUUCAUUCCAAAAGAGGUUGCUUCUGGUGUAUCGGGAUAGGACGUGGUCAAUGCUAGGCCUACACUAAAAUUCAUUCUAAAUUUGUAAUUAUUAAUUGGAAUAUAUUUGUAAAACUUCAUCUAACACCAUUGGUUCAAAGCAAUCUUCCCUAUUUACCCCUUUUGGAUCGGCCUAUGUCUCCUCUGUCUUCAAUAUGUACAAGACCUUUUGUUAUACUUACAUUGUUAUGCUGCUAUUAUUAGAUUAGCUUAUUCGAAUUAGUGUUUAGUAUUUUGAUCUUUUUUAUUUUCAUCAUUUGUGUGAUGUGCUCAACUCUAUAUAUAUUUUAUACAAAUAAA